GAAUUUGUUCUGCAAUAUAUAUGGAUGACAAGAGGUGUCCUGUAUUUUUUGAUUCACAUUCCCAUGGAAAAGAUGGUCUUUCUUGUGCAGAUGGGAAGGCUGUAAAAAUCACUUUUGGAGAUACUGAGCAACUUGUGGACUACAUGUUUGCAUUAUAUCAAAGUUGUAAUAUUUCAAUGAUAAGCCAGUUUGAGAUUCAACCAGUGUCGGUAAAACAAAAAACAAAUGUGUCCAUUUUAGGAAAUGAGAGACUCUCCUUAAUUGACAAGUACUUUGAGUUUCAAGGGAACAUGUCUAGAAAAUGUACCAAUUCUGAAUCAUCACAAAGAAAUCGAAAUGAAUAUAUGAGAAAUUACAUGCGAAACAAAAGGGAAAACUUGGAGAUAAAACAGAAGGACAGGGAAAGUAACCUUAGAAGUAUGACCAAAGCAAGGCAGAGUAAAGAAUUUAAAGAGAAAGAACUUGUUUCCAAAAAAAGUGUCCGAGAAAAUCCUGAAACAAAGCAGAAAGAAAGAGAUCGUUCAUUAAAAAGUAUGAACAAGGCAAGACAAAGUAAAGAAUUUAAAGAGAAAGAACUUGUUUCCAAAAAAAGUGUCAGAGAAAAUCUUGAAACAAAGCUCAAGGAAAGAGAACGUACAUUAAAAAGUAUGAACAAGGCAAGACAAAGUAAAGAAUUUAAAGAAAAAGAACUUGCUUCCAAAAAAGGUGUCAGAGAAAAUCCUGAAACAAAGCUCAAGGAAAGAGAACGUACAUUAAAAAGUAUGAACAAGGCAAGACUUAAUACAGGAUUCUGUUUAAAAGAAAGAGAAGCAAAGAAAAAGAAAAGAGACAAUGUACAGCAGCUAGAGAAAGAACGGCUAAGUAAAAUGCAAAGUAGAGAAAAAUACAGAGAAAAGGAAAGAGAGAGUGACAGAGUUUCUAAAGCUAAAAGGAGGCUUGAUAUGGAAUUCACAGACCAUGAAAACAAUUUAUUAAAAAAAAGGUGUCAUGGUAAUUCGUUGGAAGAUUGUAUAGAAAAAUUUCAUGAAGAAGUGAAAAUUGGUCCAAUUUAUGUGUGUACAUGUUGUCAUCAGACUUGGUUUAGGAAAAGUGUUGUGAAGCUAGAUACAACUAAUCUUAGUGUUAGUAGUAAAAGUAUUUGUACUGGAUUUACAUCUGCAGAUGGCAUAGAAUGGCUAUGUAUAACCUGCUGUUCAGCUUUGAAAGAUGAGAAAAUUCCAAAACUGUCAGUUAAAAAUGGAAUGAAGUGGCCUGAAAAACCAGAUACUUUGAAUUUACACCCACUGGAAGAGAGGCUGAUAUCUCAACGCAUACCAUUCAUGCAAAUAAGAGAAUUACCUAGAGGAGGUCAGAUGUCGGUCAAAGGAAAUGUUGUAAAUGUUCCAGUUGAUAUUCAGCCAACUGUGAAUGCCCUUCCACGACAAAUAGAUGAGCAUGUAACUAUAGCUGUAAAAUUAAAGAAAAGAUUAUCUCACAAAUCGGCAUGCUUCACAGAAAAUGUUCGUCCAAAUAUGGUGUUAGAUGCUUUACAAUGGCUUAUGAAGAAUAGUGAAUUGUAUAAAAAUUCCGGUAUAGUGAUAGACCAAUCUUGGAGAGAUGAAAUUGAAAAAAGUAAUGAAGAAACAGUACAAGAACUGAUUGGUAGUUCAAAUGAUAGUGAUGAUCGUGAAUCUGAAAGUAAUGAUGAUGGUUUUUGUGAAGUUUCUUCAGAUGAUUGUAUUCAAGGCAAUUCAGAUACACUUGUUGAUGAAGCAGAUAUUGAUACAAAUAAACUGUAUGUGUUUGCCCCUGGAGAAAACCAAAAACCAGUAAGUUUAUUUACAGAUAAAGAUGCAGAAUAUCUUUGUUUUCCCACAAUAUUUUGUGGUCAACGCAGAAUUGAAAGUGAUGAAAGAGAAGUUCCAGUACACUACAGUGAUAUCGCAAAAUGGGAGUUAUGCAGUGUUGAUAGACGUGCAGCACAAUCUGUACCAAACAUCUUUUUUAAAUUGAAGAAAAUUCAAAUUAAGCAAGUUAGUGACAAAGUUAACUUGGCACUGAGAAGAUGUAAAUCAGAUGGUAAGAAAAUCACUGCUGAACAAGUUUUGAAUCCAGCCUCUGCAGAAAAAAUUGUAAAAUUAAAUGAAGGGUAUUAUAUAUUCAGAACACUCAGAAAUUCACCUGCAUAUCUUUCAACUAAAAAGAAAGAUGUAUUUGCCAUGAUAAGGCAGUUGGGUCUUCCAACCUGGUUUAUUUCUCUCUCAUCAGCUGAUACCAGAUGGCAAGAUCUGCUUAAAACAUUGGCAACACUAGAUGGAAAAACCCUGUCACAAGAAGAAUUAGAGGAUUUGAAUUGGAGUGAAAAAUCAAAACUAGUUAAACAAGAUCCAGUGACUUGUGCAAGAUUUUUUGACAACAGAGUUCAACUUUUCAUCAAUACUGUUCUUAAGAGUCCUCACAAUCCUCUAGGUGUUGUCACUGAUGUGUUUCGGAGGGUAGAAUUCCAAAACCGAGGUUCACCGCAUAUUCAUAUGCUUGUAUGGACAAGUGAUGCUCCAAAGCACAAAGAGAAUAGCAAUGAGGAAAUUGAACUUUAUGUAGAUAAGUAUGUCACAUGUGGUUUGCAGGAAAAUAAUCCUCAAAUGAAGCAGCAUGUAGAGCUUCAAGUACAUAAGCACUCAAAGACUUGCAAAAAAGGCGGUAGAUCUUUAUGCAGAUUUGGAUUUCCUCUGCCACCUUUGCCCAAAACCAUGCUUCUUGAACCCUUGGAUGUUGAUGUUGAGCAUUAUAGAAAGUUGUAUUCUGAUAUUCAGAAGAAAAUUAAUGAUUACAAAGAUGGUUGCAGUUUAGACUAUGAGUCCUUCUUAGAGACUGUUGUAGAAAUGUGUGAGGAUAAGUAUAUAAAAUGUAUUUGA